GCGAAUGGUAUUUGUGGGGAGAGUUUGUUUCGCCUCGACUUGGAGAAAAUACGAAAAAUAUUGUUUAUUUUUCGUCCGUCCGUUUUAUGAUAUUGUUUCAUUUGUGAACAUUGUUGAAGAAUGACCGGUGCAAUGUUUUUUGGAGGCGUAGAAGGGGGUGCGACACAUUCAAACAUGGUGAUCUGCGAUGAAACUGGCAAGGUGGUGGGCACAGCUAAAGGUCCAGGGACGAACCACUGGGCUCUCGGCAUGGAUGAGUGCGUGAAAAGACUCGUGGACAUGCUUAAUGCCGCGAGAAGAGACGCUGGAAUAUCUGAUGACAUACCUUUGGAUUCUUUGGGUCUAACGCUCUCGGGUUGCCAGCAAAAGACCAGUGACGAUGAGCUUGGGGCCAGGGUCAAGGCUUCCGCCCCGACAGCCGUGAGGGAAGUCUACGUGGCUUCCGACACAGAAGGAUCUCUGUUUACCGGUGCUACUGACGGUGGAAUGGUGGUCAUUGCUGGCACAGGAUCUAACGCACAGCUACGGACGCCAGAUGGCAAGCAGUAUGGUUGCGGAGGCUGGGGCCAUUUGCUGGGUGAUGAAGGGAGUGCGUACUGGCUAGCCCAUCGUGCAGUAAAAACAGCAUUCGACGAUAUCGAUAGACUCCGUCGCUCGCCUCACCCGAUUGACCGCGUGUGGGAAGCGAUAAAAGAACACUUCGGAACAGAUACACAGGACGAUCUGUUGCCGCAUGCUUACAAACAUUUCGACAAGCCGCAGUUCGCUGGUUUGACAGCAAAACUAUCGAAACUAGCAUACGAAGGUGACGCAUUAGCCCGUCAUCUUUUCGCCGUGGCGGGAGGCGUCCUCGGUGCACAUAUCGUGGCUUUGGCUCCGCGUACACCAGCUACUAAAGUCAGAGUAGUAUGUGUUGGUUCUGUCUGGAAAAGUUGGGAAAUACUCAAGCCAGGGGUACUUAAGGAGUUGAAAGAUGGACAUAUAAAAAUCGAGUUGGAAUUUGUCAGGCUUCAAGUUUCAAGUGCCAUGGGAGCCGCUUGGCUUGCGGCCAAACACGUCAACUACAGCUUGCCUAGAGACGAUUCUGCGUUCUGCCGAGUUUUCUACUGCUACAAACCGGAAGUGUUGAUGAAUGAACGAAUGAACGGAACGAAUGAAAUCACUAACCGGACUAACGAUCUAAAUGGCAAACUGAAUGGAUUGAAUGGAAAAGAUAACGGAGUGAAUGUGAAUGGUUUUGAAUAUGGAGAAGUCUCCUUAGGUGUUAUAGGUUAUGUUAGUCUGAAGGAAAAGUUAAAUGCGGCUACAGUGACUCCAAUCGACCUGAAAGGUAGAAGAGGGAAGUUUAACUUCAUAGCUGAUGUGGUGGCUGUUUCGGCACCAGCAGUUGUGUAUAUAGAAAUCAAGGAUGUGCGUCGAAUAGACCUCUUUAGUGGUGAACCCAUGACGAUAUCAAAUGGGUCUGGAUUUAUAGUGAACGAAGACGGUUUGAUACUGACUAACGCUCAUGUAGUCGUGAAUAAGCCUAAUGCAGCCGUGAAAGUGAAGUUAAUGGAUGGGUCCACCCAUACAGGAAUUGUUGAGGAUGUCGACCUGAAAUCUGACCUGGCCACUCUGCGUAUACCUGUGAAGGGACUGCCCACAAUGAAACUAGGCUCUUCAGCGGACAUCCAGCCAGGAGAGUGGGUUGUAGCGAUGGGCAGCCCAUUGGCUCUCAGCAACACAGUGACUGCAGGGGUGGUGAGCUCUGCUCAGAGGUUCAGCGAAGAGCUGGGGCUCAGGGGUAAAGACAUGGUGUACAUACAGACGGACGCGCCGAUCACGUUCGGCAACAGCGGCGGGCCGCUCGUCAACCUCGACGGCGAGGCCAUCGGCAUCAACAGCAUGAAGGUCACCUCGGGGAUCUCCUUCGCGAUACCCAUAGACUAUGUCAAGGAGUUCCUGGCUAAGAGAAAAACGAAGCCACCACAAGUAUCGAGAAGGUAUCUAGGUAUAACUAUGCUCUCGCUGUCACCUAAUAUACUUAUGGAGCUACGGUUGAGAAACCCUGAGAUGCCAACAGACAUAAAACACGGCAUUCUCGUGUGGAAAGUUAUAAUAGGAUCUCCGGCUUACAAUGGCGGGUUACAACCGGGUGAUAUAGUGACGAGCAUCAACGACAAGCCAGUGUUCAGCGCUAGCGACAUCUAUAAUAUACUAGAGAAUUCGACAGGCAGUUUGAAAAUCGAUGCUGUUAGAGGGAGACAGAAGAUCAAGCUGACUGUCACACCGGAAAUGCAUUCGACAUAACAAAUUGUGAAAAAAAGCCAUCAAAAAAUAAAUGAGAAAAACAAUUUAGAAUAUUUAGUUCGGAUGAAUGUUAAAGAUGUCAAAGUUGACAUUAGCUGAAAAAAAAAUCUAUUGUAAUGAGUUUGUGGUAAUCGAUUGAUGUUUGUUGACUCUCUCGCUCUAAAACCACUGGAUCAAUUUCGAUGUUUGCUAUAACGGGUAGAGUAGAAUCUAGAUUAAUACAAAUAGUGCUUUUUAUGUCGAAACUUAAAGCCCGUCUUAAAAACUAUAACCUUCCUCAGGAAUGACACUGUCUGUUGGUGAAAACCGCAUAAAAAUCCGUGCUGUAACUUUUGAGUUUAUCGCGAACAGACGGACGCGGCAGAAGGCUUUGUUUUAUUAUAAAAUGAAACUGCAGCCCAAAACGCAAACCGUCUUCUAUAAUUAUAGAUGAUCAACAAUAAUGAUUAGGUAUGAAUUCACAGAAUUCGAAAUAAUAUAUGCUAAUAACAGUAAUCCUAUUAAUAUUAUAAAUGCGAAAGUUUGUGAGGAUGUUUCACGCAAUAUAUCUACUGGAUGGAUUGUUAUGAAAUUUUGUGCACGGGUGGAAUAUAACCUGGAAUAACACAUAGGGUACUUUUAUCCCGAAAUUCCCACGGGAACGAAGCCCCGGGGCGCAACUAGUAAUAACUUGUUAUUAUUAGAUGUGUCUUAAUCGUAUCGCAGUACCGAAUUUUUGGUUUUCAUAUAAUAUUAUAUUUGCUUAGUAAUUAUUUCAAAUUCUGUGAUUUUAUUGUAAUAUAUUUUUGAUUUUAGUUAUUGCACAAAAUUACAAAAAUUGUGUACAUGGUGGCCAACAGACCAAACGGAGAUAGCAAGCAUAAUUUAUUAUAGGUGCGUUGUUUUAGAAUAUUAUUUUAUGUAAAUGUUUUAUUUAAGAACAUUUGUAUAUGUACAAAUAUUUGAAUAAAUAAUUAUUUUCAAUU